UGCGCGGAGUGAUCGCCGAGUCCAUUCCCAAACGCAAAACGCAACAUUAGCAAUGUCCUCUUUAGCUAUGUUGUAAUUCCUUCGUCUUUACGCGCGUACUUAUUUGGCCAGCGUUUGAACUCCACUUAGCUAAUUAUUUGUGUCAGGAUAAAGUCGACUCGUUGUUGUGAACUUUAAAGCUUCUCGGGCUAUGUUAACUUAGCCUAGCGUGCUAGUUAGCUUAGCUUGUUAGCUGCUAACAAAGAGACGCAGAAGUGAUCAACACGUCGCUAAGCAGAGAUCACAUGUGAGUGUAAAGUGUUGGGAUUGUGUGAAAAUGUGCGAAAGAACGACAGCAGAGUACGAAGACUAGGAGGAACUUUCACCAAUAAAAGAGGAGAAGGAGCGACAACAUCAACUACUGGACGCAGUUUUCAAGGAACAUCAAGUUGUGUCACACAGAACAGAGUGAACUUUCUCCAACAAAAGAGGAGAAGGAGCGACAACAUCAACUACUGGACGCUGUUUUCAAGAAACAUCAGGUUGUGUCACACAGAACAGACAUCUCCGAAGAACAUCUUCUCCCCAAGCAACAGGAAUGGAGCUUUAAAGAUGGAGCAACAAGAGCCACAACCCUCCCAUUUUAGAGAGGAAGAAGAGGCACCGCAGACCCCGCACAUUAAGGAGGAAGUACACGGCAUCAAUCAGGAAGGAGAACAGCUUGAAUGUUUGGAGGAGUUGGCAGUCAUUGGUGUUCCUGUGAAGAAUGAAGACGUCUGUGAGGGACAUCUUCUCCCUGGGCAGCAGGAGUGGACUUCCAGGGCGGAACUGGAGGAGCCACAGACCCCGCAUUUUGGAGCGGAAGGGGAGCCACGGCUUCUCCGCGUUAAAGAAGAAGAGCAGGAACGCAGAAUCAGUCAAGAGGGAGAGCAACUGGAGGAGAUUGACGUUACAAAGUUCCUUGUGAAGAGUGGAGAUGAUGAGGAGAAGAGAGAGGCGGAGCCUCCUAGCGGCAGCUCGACUCAACACAUGACAACAGAAGCUGAUGAGGACCAAUGUGGAGGAUCAGAAGCAGACAAGCUCUUCGCUCCACUGUCUGAUAGUGACGACAUGUCACACUCUCCUGACACCGAUGAGGAAAACUCUACAGCUGAAAAGACGUGUCCCACUGACAACACACACUUGCAAUGCUCUCACUGUGACAAAACCUUUUAUCAAGCCUGUCACCUGAAAGUGCACAUGAGAAUACACACCGGGGAAAAGCCUUACAACUGUUCAAUCUGUGGUAAAGGUUUUGCACAAAGCGGUCAGUUGAAAGUACACACGAGAACGCACACCGGAGAAAAACCGUUUCCCUGCUCAGUCUGCGGUAAAUACUUUGUGCAGAGACAAUAUUUAAAAAUCCACAUGAGAAUACACACGGGAGAAACCCCUUUCACUUGUUCAAUCUGUGGGAAAGGCUUCACCCAAAGGCAGUGUUUGCAAGUGCACACAAGAACACACACGGGAGAAACCCCUUUCACCUGUUCCAUCUGCGGUAAAGGUUUUCUCCAAAAUCGUAAUUUGAAAACGCACACAAGAUUGCACACCGGACAGACCCCUUUUACCUGUUCAAUCUGCGGCAAAGAUUUUACACACAGCAACAACUUGAAAUUACACAUGAGAAUACACACCGGCGAAAAACCUUUUACCUGUUCCGUCUGCGGUAAAGGUUUUGUACAAAGUAGCAAUUUGAAAGCGCACGUGAGAACACACACACGUGAGAAGGUGUUGAGUUGCAGUGUGUGUGGUGAAAGAUUCUCUUACAAGUACCAGUGCAAGAAACACAAGUGUGCCGGUAAAAAACGCAGCAGCAAAUGAAGCUGCAGGGUUUUAAAGAAUCCGUCAAAACUUUAACUUUGACUUUCCAACGUCACCACAAAUACAGUUGUGCUCAUACGUUUAUGAUUGAUAACACAAACAACUUUCUUCCACUCAUGCUUAAAGGUUGUGUGAGGCUAUGUAUUGGCAAACAUCUAUGUUUAGUCUUUUUAAAUCAGAAUGACAAAAGAAAGUACCCAAAUGACCCUGAUCAAAAGUUUACAUACACCAGUGACUUUGAUCUGAUAACAUGCACAAAAGUUGACAACAACAGGUUUGAAUGGCUAAUUAAGGUUCCAAUCCUCACCUGUGACCUGUUUGUUUGUAAUUAAUGUCCAUCCAUCCAUCCAUCUUCUUCCGCUUAUCCGAGGUCGGGUCGCGAGGGCAACAGCCUAAGCAGGGAAGCCCAGACUUCCCUUUCCCCAGCCACUUCGUCUAGCUCCUCCCGGGGGAUCCCGAGGCGUUCCCAGGCCAGCCGGGAGACAUAGUCUUCCCAACGUGUCCUGGGUCUUCCCCGUGGCCUCCUACCGGUUGGACGUGCCCUAAACACCUCCCUAGGGAGGCGUUCGGGUGGCAUCCUGACCAGAUGCCCGAACCACCUCAUCUGGCUCCUCUCCAUGUGGAGGAGCAGCGGCUUUACUUUGAGUUCAUCCCGGAUGGCAGAGCUUCUCCCCCUAUCUCUAAGGGAGAGACCCGCCACACGGCAGAGGAAACUCAUUUCGGUCAUGACCCAAAGUUCAUGACCACAGGUGAGGAUGGGAACGUAGAUCGACCGGUAAAUUGAGAGCUUUGCCUUCCGGCUCAGUUCCUUCUUCACCACAACGGAUCGGUACAACGUCCGCAUUACUGAAGACGCCGCACCGAUCCGCCUGUCGAUCUCACCAUCCACUCUUCCCUCACUCGUGAACAAGACUCCUAGGUACUUGAACUCCUCCACUUGGGGCAGGGUCUCCUCCCCAACCCGGAGAUGGCAUUCCACCCUUUAAUUAAUGUGUGUGUAUAAAAGGUCAGUGAGUUUCUGGGCUUCUGACAGACCAUUGCAUCUUUCAUCCAGUGCUGUACAGAUCUUUCUGGAUUCCGAGUCAUGGGGAGGGCAAAAGAAUUGUCAAAGAAACUGCAUAAGAAAGAAAAGGGGUAUAAAAAGAUAUCCAAGGAAUUGAGAAUGCCGAUCAGCAGUGUUCAAACGCUGAUUAAGAAGUGGAAAAUGAGGGAUUCUGUUGAAACCAAACCACGGUCAGGUAGACCAGCAAAGAUUUAAGCCACAAAAUUGUUCGACAGGCAAAGAAAAAUCCACAAAUAACUUCAGCAGAAAUACAGGACUCUCUGGAAAAAAUGUGGCUGUUUCAAGAUGCACAAUAAUGAGGUACUUGAAGAAAAAUGGGCUGCAUGGUCGAGCCGCCAGAAAAAAAGCCGUUUCUGCGCAAAUGUCACAAAGUAUCCCGCUUACAUCACGCCAUACGGCACAGAGACAAGCCUCAAAACUUCUGGAACAAAGUAAUUUGGAGUGCUGAGAACAAAAUUGAACUUUUUGGCCACAACCAUGAACGUUACAUUUGGAGAGGAACCAACAAGUCCUAUGAUGAAAGGAACGCCAUUCCUACUGUGAAACACGGAGGUGGAUCACUGAUGUUUUGGGGAUUUGUGAGCUGAGAAGGCACAGGAAAGUUGGCCAAAAUUGGUGGCAAGAUGAAUGCAGCACGUUGUCAGAAAAUACUGGAGGAAAAUUUGCACUCAUCAGCAUUCGCGUGGGACGUUUUUGGACAUUCCCAACAUGACAAUGAUCCAAAACACAAGGCCAAGUCCAGUCAUAUUCUCCCAUUGGCUACAGCAGAACAAAGUGAAGGUUCUGGGGUGGCCAUCGCAAUCUCCUGACCUCAAUAUCAUUUAGCCGCUCUGGGGAUUUAUCAAAUGUGCAGUUCAUGCAAGACAGCCCAAGAACUUACAGGAACUGGAGAAUUUUUGCCAAGAAAAACGGGCAGCUUUGCCAUCGGAAAAAUACCACGACUACCACAAAAGACUUCAAGCUGUCAUUGAUGUUAAAGAGUCGGCAAUACACGGUAUUAACAACUGGGGUAUGUUAACUUUUGAUCAGGGUCAUUUGGGUACUUUCUUUUGUCAUUUUGUUUUGAGAAGAGUAAACAGUUGUUUGCCAAUAAAUAGCUUCACACAACCAUUAAGCAUGAGUGGAAGGAAGGUUUUUGUGUAAUCAUUCAUAUUCUCUGAAGAAUGGCCAAGAAAUUAUAAAUUCUCCCAGGGUGUGUCAACUUAUGAGCACAACUGUAUGUGUGACGACAUUGUGUGUGUAACACAAUCUUGUUACAUACCUGCUUCUACCAUUUGUAGAUGAGAUAUGUUACCUCAGUGCUUUUUAUGUCAAGUACAUGCAUGUGUGUACUGCAUCGUGUACUUUAGAUUUAAAAACAGACUGAACAAUUUGCCUGAAAAGGUGCGAGUAAACAUUACACAACCUAUGUUGUGUAUACAGAUAGUCGUAAGAAGUUUUUUUUAAUACAGGUUUUUUGUAAUAAUGAAGCAUUACAUAUUUUGUAAUUGUAAAUUAUUUCACCGAUGUACAUAUUUGUUUUACAUUUGUCAAUACUAGAGAUGUCCGAUAAUGGCUUUUUUGCCGAUAUUGUCCAAUUCUUAAUUACCGAUAACGAUAUAUACAGUGGUGGAAUGAACACAUUAUUAUGCUUAAUUUUGUUGUGAUGCACCGCUGGAUGCAUUAAACGUGGCGCAGUGGGAGAGUGGCUGUGCGCAACCCGAGUGUCCCUGGUUCAAAUCCCACCUAGUACCAACCUCGUCACGUCCGUUGUGUCCUGAGCAAGACACUUCACCCUUGCUCCUGAUGGGUGCUGGUUGGCGCCUUGCAUGGCAGCUCCCUCCAUCAGUGUGUGAAUGUGUGUGUGAAUGGGUAAAAUGUGGAAGUAGUGUCAAAGCGCUUUGAGUACCUUGAAGGUAGAAAAGCGAUAUACAAGUACAACCCAUUUAUUUAUCAUUUAAUAAGGUUUUUUUCCAAAAUAAAUCGACUCAAGUUAUGGGAAAAAAAAUGCCAUAUUUAUUAUUGAAUCACAAAGUGCAUUAUUUUUAAACAUGUCUUAAAAUAGCAGCUUGGAAUUUGGCAAAUGAUCUCACGGAGAGAGUAUGAGUACGUUUAAGGGGGCGGUGGGUGUGUAUUGUAGUGUCCCGGAAGAGUUAGUGCUGCAAAGGAUUCUGGGUAUUUUCUGUUGUGUUACGGUGCGGAUGUUCUCCCGAAAUGUUGGUCAUUUUUGUUUGGUGUGGGUUCACAGUGGUGAAUAUUUGUAAAAGUGUUGGCGUUGUUUAUACGUCCACCCUCAGUGUGACCUGUAUGGCUGUUGACCAAGUAUGCCUUGCAUUCACUUGUGUGUGUGAAAAGCGGUAGAUAUUAUGUGAUUGGACCGGCACGCAAAGGCAGUGCCUUUAAGGUUUAUUGGCGCUCUGCACCACACCCUACAGCGCCGUUUUAAAAAGUCAUACAUUUUACUUUUUGACACCGAUAAUUUCCGAUAUUACAUUUUAAAGGGGAACAUUAUCAGCAGACCUAUGUAAGCGUCAAUAUAUACCUUGAUGGUGCAGAAAAAAGACCAUCUAUUUUUUGAACCGAUUUCCGAGCUCUAAAUGGGUGAAUUUUGGCGAAUUAAACGCCUUUCUGUUUAUCGCGCUGGAGGCGAUGACGUCAGAAUGUGACGUCGCCGAGGUAACACACCCACCAUUUUCAUUUUCAACACAUUACAAACACCGGGUCUCAGCUCUGUUAUUUUCCGUUUUUUUGACUAUUUUUUGGAACCUUGGAGACAUCAUGCCUCGACGGUGUGUUGUCGGAGGGUGUAACAACACUAACAGGAAGGGAUUCAAGUUGCACCACUGGCCCCAAGAUGCCAAAGUGUCUGCCGCCAGACCCCCAUUGAAUGUGCCAGAGUGUCUCCACAUUUUACCGGCGAUGCUAAAGCAGACAUGGCACAGAGAUGUAUGGAUAACCUGCAGAUGCAUUUGCAACGAUAGUCAACGAAAUCACAAAAGUGAGUUUUGUUGAUGUUGACUGCCAGCUAAUCGAUGCUAACAUGCUAUGCUAAUUGAUGCUAACAUGCUAUUUACCGGCGGUGCUAAAGCAGACAUGGCACAGAGAUGUAUGGAUAACCUGUAGAUGCAUUUGCAACUAUAUUACGUUUCCUUCCACCCACAUUUAAUGCGAAACAAACACUUAACAAUCGACGGAUUUAAGUUGCUCCAGUGUCAAAAGAUGCGAAAGUCCUGAUCGUUUGGUCCGCACAUUUUACCGGCGAUGCUAACGCAGCUAUUCGGCCAUGCUAUGGCUAUGUAUAGCGUCAAUAGCUAUUCGCUCAAUAGCUUCAGUUUCUUCUUCAAUAUUUUCAUACUCCAACGAUCUGUUUCAAUAUAUGUGUAAUCUGUUGAAUCGCUUAAGUCGCUGAAAUCCGAGUUUGAAUCCGAGCUAAUGUCGCUAUAUCUUGCUGUGGUAUUCCCAUUGUUUGUUUACAUUAGCAGCACUGUGUGACGUCACAGGGAAAUGGCCAGUGUCUUCGCAGAGAGCCGAAAAUAAGGCACUUUAAAGCUUUAUUUAGGGAUAUUCCGAGACCGGUAACAUUUUGAAAAAAAACUUCAAAAAAUGCAACAAGCCACUGGGAACUGAUUUUUUUUUUUUUUUAACCCUUUUGAAAUUGUGAUAAUGUUCCCCUUUAAAGCAUUUAUCGGCCCAGUAAUAUCGGCAGUACAAUAUUAUCGGACACCUCUAGUUCAUACCUUUUCGCUUUUGAGUACACAUAAAUCCUUCUUAGUUUAUAUCGAUUGGUUCAUAUCUGAGACAUCUUCUGGACCACUUCUAAAGGCAUAUUAUUAUUUACUUCAUACAUCUUUUGAGUAGUUGUGUUUUCUACAGGAUCAUUUACUUUUAAAAUGUGGGACUUUAUGAAUAUGUUUACUAAUGCAUUUAUUUUUUUAAAGUGUGUUUAUGAUUUGUAUGUACAAAAGCGCUGAAGUUGUCACGUUGUGUAACUGGGAAAUAAAAACAGAAUACAAUGUUUUGCAAA